GCCUGAUUUCCGGUUCCUACCCGGCCCUGCGGGAAGCGGUGCAUUGUGGGCUGGCGUUUGUCCUUGUGGAGAACCGAAAGGAAGAUGGCCGGAGUGAGGGCUCUGAGGGCUUUCCAGCAGCUUUCACAGCGAACCUUCAGCACUGCAGCCCGCCGGCGAGUGGAGAAUAAGGUUCCUGAGAAGCAGAAGAUAUUUCAGGCGGACAAUGGGUUGCCAGUCCAUCUAAAAGGUGGUGUGAUGGAUGCUGUGCUGUACAGGCUAACCAUGGGUCUCACUGUUGUGGGUACAGUCUAUGUUAUGUACGAGCUCUUUGACAUUGCCCUACCCAAGAAGAAGUAACAUCGGCCUGCAGCCAGGUUGGAAGGCUUUGUUUCACUCCACAGCCCUGUCUGAAUGUUAAACUGUAACUUAUCAGGGACCUUAUUUUACAAGUGUCUGUUCACUGCUUAUGGGAACAGUCUUUAUUUGAUGAUGAAGCAUACAUAAUUAAAAGAAAGUGAUUUAUCACA